GUCAUUCCGGAGAUUAUUAUAGAAGUUUCCAAACUGAAGCAAUGUCCAGAUUUCCGCCACAGCAGCUGGCAUUUUGACAUCAGCAGAGGCUGUUUUCUUUUACCCAGGUACCGAGGACCUUCAGAUAGGACAUCAGAGAAUUCAGAGCCCAGACAGCUGGUGAAAAGAACAUGGAGCUGACAAGUACAGCAGCCCCCAAAACCGAGGGCUUCAGCAACACUGGCUUCCGGAAUGAAGAACUUCUUGAAAACCAGGACAUAUCCGGAAAUAACUCAAUUAGGAGUCGAGUUGUACAAAUCCGGGAACAAGGAAACACCAAACAGGGUGAAGAGCUGGUCAACAUUGAGCAGGAUUCUCUAAGGAAAGAAGAAGGAGAAGACAUGGAGGAUGACCAGGACACACAUCAGAAAGGGUAUUUGGAAAGGAAGUACGAUACAGUUUAUGAUUUUUAUAAAAAACACAAAACUACUAUUCGAUACAUCAUUUGGGGCAUUUUACUGACAGGUUACCUGGCUUUGGUGAUUGCAGCCUGUGUGCUGAAUUUUCACAGAGCGCUUCCUCUUUUUGGGAUCACCGUGGCUGCCAUCUUCUUCAUUGUCUGGGAUCACUUGAUGGCCAAAUAUGAACAUCGAAUUGAUGAGAUCAUAUCCCCAGGCAAAAUGCUGCUGAACAGCCACUGGUUCUGGCUGAAGUGGGUGAUUUGGAGUUUAUUGAUCCUAUCGAUCAUCUUCUGGCUGAUCUUCGACACCGCCAAAUUGGGCCAACAGCAGCUGGUGUCCUUUGGUGGACUCAUAAUGUACAUUAUCCUGUUGUUUAUAUUUUCCAAGUACCCAACCAGAGUUUACUGGAGACUUGUCUUUUGGGGAAUUGGGUUACAAUUUCUUCUUGGACUGUUAAUUCUAAGGACUAAUCCUGGAUUUAUUGCUUUCAAUUGGUUGGGCACACAAGUUCAGAUUUUUCUGGGUUACACUGAUGCUGGUGCUAAAUUUGUCUUUGGUGAAAAAUACACAGACCACUUCUUUGCAUUUAAGGUCUUGCCAAUUGUGAUUUUCUUCAGCACUGUGAUGUCCAUGUUAUACUACAUGGGAUUGAUGCAGUGGAUCAUCAGAAAGGUCGGAUGGAUAAUGCUUGUUACUAUGGGCUCAUCUCCUAUUGAGUCUCUAGUUGCUGCUGGCAAUAUAUUUGUUGGACAAACAGAGUCUCCAUUGCUGGUCCGACCAUAUUUACCAUAUAUCACCAAGUCAGAACUCCAUGCCAUCAUGACUGCUGGCUUCGCUACAAUUGCUGGAAGCGUCUUGGGUGCAUACAUUUCUUUUGGAGUUUCAUCCACCCACUUAUUAACAGCAUCAGUUAUGUCAGCACCUGCAUCAUUGGCUGUUGCUAAACUCUUUUGGCCUGAGACAGAAAAACCUAAAGUAACCCUCAAGAAUGCCAUGAAAAUGGAAAAUGGUGAUUCAAGGAAUCUCCUAGAAGCUGCAACACAGGGAGCAUCCUCAUCUAUCCCUCUGGUGGCAAACAUCACUGUGAAUCUGAUUGCCUUCUUGGCCCUGUUAUCUUUUGUGAAUUCAGCCCUGUCCUGGUUUGGAAACAUGUUUGAUUACCCACAGCUGAGUUUCGAGCUAAUAUGCUCCUACAUCUUCAUGCCCUUUUCCUUCAUGAUGGGAGUAGACUGGCAAGACAGCUUUAUGGUUGGCAGACUCAUAGGUUAUAAGACAUUCUUCAAUGAAUUUGUGGCUUAUGAGCAACUCUCACAAUUGAUCAAUUUGAGGAAACAGGCUGGACCUAAAUUUGUGAAUGGCACUCAGCAAUAUAUGUCA